GAGGAAAUCUAUUGUCCUCCCUGAACUCAGUACCAUGCUCCUCGUUUCCCUCCCAUGAGCGAGAUAACAACGUAGGCCUCGGGUGAGUUCCUGUACUGUACGCGUCUUCCACCCCACCAACACACUCACACACACACACUCUUCUUGGUCAUCGGCAUCGCCGCCCCGUAGUGGAUGAGCAACAUGGGUACCUACUUUUACUCUGGCCUUCACCCGAGGAUGGGCACCAUUCCCGUCCAUACCUUCUUCCAUGGCCUUGGUGGCAAGCCUGUCAUUGCCAUGAAAUCCAGUAUUAUUAUUGAGGGACAAAGUCUUCAAAAAGUUCAGCUGAAGGAAGUCAAAGCCAUUAUGAAUGCCUAUGAGCAGUUCCUCAUUCCUUCCAUAUACGAGACUAAUCAGGAGUACGAUUACGCACUUUUGGUGGAGAAUUUGGACAAUGACUCCAUCCCAGACAAGGUGGCAAACUGCAGUUCAAAGCCAGGGGAGACUGUCAUGGGUAUCAUCAUUGACAACAACCUGCUGGAUGGAACAUACACAGUAGGAUGUGGGCCACAAGUAUUCACAAAUGUAACCUCUGAUUUUUUCAUAAGCAUAAGCCCACAAUCAGAGUUCCCAUGUGUCCAAAUACAGAGAGGCUUUGAUUCCUGUAUUUCAUCUGGUAAGAUUUGCGAUGGUAAAUCCAGUAUUAAGAAAUUGCUUGAUCCUAUGACCACCAUUACCUCACAAGAGUCAUCAGCAUCCCCUCAACAUUCAACCAAGCACGAGAGAGGACACGUCACUCCCUCUCUAGCAGCAAUGGCACUAACAACAUCAGCCAGCUCACUGAGUACAAAGUCUCCUCCAACAAAGGCUGCCACACAAGGGAAAAAACUCAAAUCCUCUACUAGCUCAUCAGGUUCACAAAGUCUCAAGUCUUCUCUGCAACAGACACAGAACAAUCCUACCAAAAGCACACCAUUUAAACCCUUUACAGGCUGGUCUAGUUCACUGAGAAAUGAGAACCUCCUUGAAACCUAUGGAGACUCAAGCAGCGACGAGUCCCUUGAGGAAGAUCCAUGGGCCCUUCCUGACCCUAUUGACCCCUUUAGAAACCCGGCCAGGACACCUAUCACUGAGUUUCUUCGUGAACAACCACUGAAAAGUAAGAGCAGUCAACUUGCACUUUCUACAACCUCUGCAAGUUCAUCAAGUUACAAGCCUUUUCUUCCACAAGUACAGACUAAUUCCACAAAGAGCAGUAACCCUAAACCCUCCACAAGCUCUGCCAGUUUGAGUUACAAGUCUCUUUAUCCACAAGUGAAGAAUAAUUCCACAAAGAGCAGUAACUUUCCAAUUUCCACAAGCUCUGCCCGUGCACUGAGCUCUGAGUACCGUGAGGAAGAUCCAUUGGCCCUUCCCGACCCUAUUGACCCCUUUAGAAGCUCGGCCAGGACACCAUUCACCAAGUGUCUUCGUGAACAAGAGAAGAAAAGUAAGAGCAAUCAACUUGCAAAUAGUACAACUGCUGCCAGUUCACCAUUCCCUAAAUCUCCACAAGUCCAGAUCAGCUCCACAAAGAGCAGUAGCAAUACAUACUAUAGACUUUCUCCCACAUCGUUGUCCUUCAAGCCUGUUUAUCCACCAGCCCAGACGACGUCCAUGAACAGCAGUAACCUUACUCCUUCUGCCAGUUCAUUGAGUUACAAGUCUCUUAAUCCACAAGCAGAGAGAAGUCAACUUAACCCCUUUAUAAACUCUGCUAGCUCACUGAGGUCAGAGUCCCUCCAAUCACAGGCACAGAGUAACCAGCUUAACCCCUUUAAGAGCUCAGGCAGUUCAUGGAAUGAGAUCUCAAAACCACUAGCACACAGUAGGCAUCUUGAGCCCUCUGAGAGCACAGCCAGUUCUUUAAGAUAUGAGUCUUUGCUGCCACAAGCACCACCUGAUCCCACACUUCAACACAGCAGCUCAUCUACUGUCCCAGUAAUAGAAAAUGAGUCAGACAUCCAGGCCUGCAGCGAAAUGUCCCUUGAAGACUUUGAAGCACUGAAACCAACACUCUCUUCACUUGAAAAAAAUAGUAAGAUAAUAGAGAAUUACAUGACAGUUACGAUUUGAAAUGAACAGCCCCAUAUGAUAUAAGUUUGUGAGGCACUGGUGAAUGGUCUUCAUUUGAGACAAUAUGCUAAGUGAUAAUGAUUGAAACAAAUGCCUCUGCCUCGUGUUUGGGAAUGGAAAUUUACUUUUAAGAUGAUUUAUUUGCAGACAUUUUAAUGUAUAAGCUGAGUAGUUACACUUUCCUUUCUGAAUUUCUGCGGAAAGAGAAUGAAGAUAUUUUGAUUUCCUGUAUAUUUUAAUUAAAUAUGAUAAUAAUAAUAAGAAUAAUAAUGAUACCAAUAAAAUAGUUAAAUUCCAUUAAUCUGGUGACAAAGUCUGACACGCCUUUGGUUUUAUAGCAGUACUAGAAUGGAUACAACAAUGGACAACUUGUGGCACUCGGUGCUAUACGUUACAAUGGAUGAAGUGCCUGGUCCGGUCUUGGUUUGGGAGUAGGUUAGGUUAUAUAUGUGCAUACUCAUACAGUCCUUAUCUAACCAUACCUAACAAAGACACAAGAUCAGACCUUUAGUCCAUUGCUGUAACCAUUCUAGCACUGACUUUUUGGCCCAGUCAGAGAUAAUCCAGUGCCUCCUGAGGCUCCAUUUUUCCUCAGAUGGCAGAUGGCUGAACACAUGGGAACAAGGGAAUCCCGCCUGCCCUACCCAUAGUGUUUAGAACUGGGCAGGUGUCCUUAAUUUCAUUACCAUAAUUACCUGAACUUAAUGUAACCAGGGGUACAAUUACUAGUUUUUUUAACAGGAGGAAAAGGUGCAUAUUAUGGUGCAGCCAGCCUCAGUACAGACAGUUUCUGCCAGUCUCAGCAUGACUGUGUGGGUGUCAGUGCUGAUGCAGGUAAUCCUCAAGUUACAACGUAUGUGACUCAUGACAGCUCGCACUUACGACCACGUCAAUAACAUUAGUAAUACUUGGUUAUGUAAUGAUUACCAGUAUGAGCACUGACACCCACACAGUCAUACUGAGACUGGCAGAAAGUCUGUACUGAGGCUGGCUGCACCAAAAUAUGCACCUUUUCCUCCUGUUAAUACUAGUAAUGGUACCCCUGGUUUCAUUAAGUUCAGGUAAUCAUGGUAAUGAUUUAAGGACAUUUCAAGUAUCCCACCAUGGGUAGAGCAGUGGUUUAUUUACAAAGUCCCAAGAACCCUGUUGUAACUUGAGUACUACCUGUAAUGUCAAUAACGUAGGGAAAAUCUAGUGAAGUAAAAAUCUAGGAAACAUGUAGCUCUGACAAGGAGGGGGUUGUGCUACACUAUGCAAUAAUAGCAAUAUGAAGUUAAAAUUUAAAGUACUUAGUGUGUCCCUGGAUAAUGGGCUCUUUCAUGCCACUGGCUCAGUGCCAGUUGGAUGGAGAUGAGCACUGAUGCCACGCAUGGCUUUAGUGUAUGCCCCUAACUUUACCUUUACAUAACCUAUUGUCUUCAGAAAAGCAUAUUGCUAUUAAAACACCUCUACUUCGCCACAAAGACCAUUAACCCCUUCACUCCGGCGACUCAACGUCAACGUAUGGAAAGGGUUAGUCCUCUUCUAAACCUCUUAAGAGGAAAUGGAAGAGGAUUAAGAGGAAUUUAGAGGAGGAUUGAGAGGUUUAUAAGAGGAUUAAUCCUCUUCCAUUUCCUCUUGACCCUUUCCAUACUGUGACGCCGAUGUCUGCGUCACGGAUGGAAAGGGUUAAGGCUUACAUGGGCAAAUCUUCAUUGUGAUAAAAUGAAUAUAUCAAUCUUGAUCUCAAAAGUUGACAUGCUAUGAGACAUGUCAGACAGUUGGGUUAUUUGUAGAAUUUGAGAGUGAAUUUGUGAGCAGUGCCUUUUACACUAAUGUAGAAUUUUGAUAACAUGAAUAAUUGUUUUUAGGGGAAAGGAUCAUAACAUUUAAAAUUUUAAUGACAUGGCUUCUGCACUACUUCCCCACUGCCUCUCAUGCCUCUUUCAACCUCCCUCCCACACUCCUCCCCUUUUCUCCCUCAUCCCUUAAUGUCCCUCCCUUCAGGAACAGCCCUGACUGAGUCCAAGGUGGCAUGCCUCCUCUGAAAUUUCAAUCCAGCUCACACCAUAACAAAUAAGAAAAGCAUAUUUUUAUGAAAGAUUUUAUACUCAAAAUAAGAUAAUUUUACAUUUGAGAAUGUUACACAACUCGUUACACCCUCCAUACAAAAAAAAUGGGAGUGCUUUUCACAAGCAAGUUCUGUAUGUGGCCUGAACACGUGCAUCGCCAGUUGUGUUGUCCACCUGUCAGCUGUGAUUUAUUCUCCCUCAUAUCCUCUAUCUCAUUUCAACUUUUUUCCUCCUAUCUCAGCUUCCUUAUCACUAAGAUCCAUUAACACAAGGGGAGGGGAGGAUGGGAGCAGGACUGAGCUGAGAUCUGCUUGGGAGCUAGUGGAAAAACAACUUUCAUUCUUCCUCUUUUCUUUAUCACACAUUUAUUAGCAUGAGGGGGUGGCAGUGAUAGGGAGUCUAGGGAGCCUAUCCAGCUCAGAAACUCAUAACCACACACAUUUAGUGUAUGCAUACAUUGACAGAAAAGGAUGUGACAAAAAAAUCUAUGACUAAAUUAUUCAUACCUUAUUACCACCCAACAGACAUCUGAUAAUCCAGCAUGAGGCUGGUGUGCUGCAUAUUGGAUUAAUGGACUUUUACCGUAAUAAUAAUGUUUCUCUAAGAAUUCAUUAAUGCUUGAUAAAAAUAUGUAACAAUGAGCACUACAAUUUAAAUACAUCAAACAUGAAUGAAGUCAACAAUAUUGAUAGUGUUAUACAGCCUUAGAGCCAUAUAAGAAAAUGUCCUCCUGUGAAACAUUUAUUUUUUAAUAUAGGAAAAUAAGGCAUACAUAUGGAAAUAAUAUUUUUACACUGACUGAGGUAAUAUUAAGACUUGGAUAUUUUGUGGUGCUGUGUAAUGGCCAGUAAAUGACCAAGGUGGAGGUCAUAGCGUGUCACUGUGAUGAUUUACAUACACAAUUGCGGAUAAAGUAUCGAUACAUCUGACUAAACUCACGACCCUGUAACCCCUUCCUGCAGAGCAUGUCUUUUCUCCUCCCCUGCCCAUGCAACCCCCACUCCUGCAUUUCCCUUCCUCACCCUCCACUCUCCCCCUACCACAUGUUACUUGCCACACAGGAGGCUACAAGUCAAAAGUACAAAUUAGAUGGAUUGAUGUUUUAUCCGUAACUGUACAUUACUGGAACAAUUGUGCCUUACUUCUAACAAAGACUACUAUUCUCUGUGAAAAGGUACAUUGUAAUUAUUUACAUGUCUCUGAAGAAUUAUAGGGAUAUAUAUAUAUACAUAUUUUUGCUCAA